AAAAAAAAUGGCGAGGCGUAAAAGGCGCAACCUCUACUUGGAUUGUUAGUACGCCGAGGAGAAGCGACCUGCCUCUGCCUCUGCUUCUGCUUCUGCUUCUGUUUCUGUUUCUGCUUCUCUCCGCCACCACCACCGCCGCUGCUGCUGCUGCUGCUGUCGGCGUGAGCGGGGACUACACGGACAUGGAGAGCCUCUCUGAGAACCCAACGCGGGCUUCGGAAUACCUAAGCGAGCUGAAUAAGAUCAUAGAGACGCAGCAGGAGUUGUUGGAGAGACAGAGGGGCAGGAUAGAGGAGCUGGAGCAGCAAGUGUCCGACUUGUGUACGGAGAACGUGUGUCUGAAGGAACAGUACCAGCGGCACCUGGCAACCUGCAGGCUGCAGCAGGGCAACAGCCUGAGCGCGCUGGGAGCCAUCAAAGAGCACAUCACACAGGAGAAGUCUGACGGAGACACGCCCCGAAUAGUCAGGAGACAUGGCUCUUUGCCUCUGGAGGUCACAGAGAACCCCGGGAGGCUCUCGUCGACGGCGGGAUGCAGGAGGGCCGCGCCGUGUCGACAGUGGAAAUCUGCGUCUUUCGGCGUGGAGGGGGAUGGAAGGCCCAAUGACGGCGGCACUUCCUUGGACGGUGGCGCCGGGUACAGCCAGGGUCCGGUGACACACGGUUCAGCCAUCAGCCCAGACCGCUUCGACAGCCCCCUCUACAGCCACGGAGGGGUACAGCCGGGCCCCCAGAGACCCCGCCGACCCAAACUCCAGCACUCGCAGUCCAUCCUCAGAAAGCAAGCAGAGGAAGAGGCCAUCAAACGCUCCCGAUCGCUGUCCGAGAGCUAUGAGCUGUCCUCAGACCUUCAGGAUAAACAGGUGGAGAUGCUGGAGCGUAAAUAUGGCGGGCGCUUCAUAACGAGACAUGCCGCCCGCACCAUCCAGACGGCGUUCCGGCAGUAUCAGAUGAACAAGAACUUUGAACGCCUUCGGAGCUCUAUGUCGGAAAACCGAAUGUCACGUCGGAUCGUUCUCUCCAACAUGAGGAUGCAGCUAUCGUUCGAGGGCCCCGAGAAAGUUCAUAGUUCAUACUUCGAGGGCCGGCAGGUUUCCAUGACCGAAGACGGCAAUCCCCUCACGAUGCAAGAGUGCGGGGAACUCGAUCGCCGGCAACACCAGCCCAACAUGGCAGCUCACCCGGUGCAGCAAGCGGACCUUACGGACGCCAUUACGGAGCUAGAGGACGCCUUUUCCAGACAGGUCAAAUCUUUAGCUGAAUCUAUAGACGAUGCUCUGAACUGUCGUAGUCUCCAAGGCGACGAAGGGCCUGACCCGGAGUCCAUGGGUUGUCCCGAGGUCCAACGCGAGGUACCGUACCAGUCCCAUCGCAGGGGAGGGGGGCGAAUGCACGACGAAGCUAUGGCGUACAGUGACGUAACUCUGUUUAUCGACGAAGAGGACAUGUCCCGUCCGAUAGCGCUGAGGUCAGGAGAGCAGCAGUCCAGUACAGAGUCGGACUUGAGACUGCGAUCGGUCAACUCGUCGCAGGAGUACUGGCCAAUCGAUCCCAAAGACGAGGGGCGGGACACGGACACAAGCUGCCGCAGCACGCCAUCUUUGGAGUGCCAGGAGCAGCGUUUAAGAAUGGACCAUCUGCCCCUCUUGACCAUAGAACCUCCUAGUGAUAGCUCCGCGGAACUGAGUGACCGCUCGGAAAGGUCAAUCAAAAGGCCACCUGUGUACGAACAGCACGGACAUAUUGUAACCUCCUCACAGGCGAGUCCCAAACACAUCUCCCACGGACCCCCUCCUCGAGCUCCGCCGCGGGACGAUGACGCGCCGCUACGCCAUCGCCACCGGCAGCUGGAGAGCCACCUCGCCAUCAACGGGUCGGCGAAUCGGCAGAGCAAGUCAGAGUCGGACUUUUCGGACGGGGACAACGACAGCAUCAACAGCACGUCCAAUUCAAACGAUACGAUUAACUGUAGCUCCGAGUCCUCGUCCCGGGACAGUCUCCGAGAGCAGACCCUGAGCAAACAGACGUACCACAAGGAGACGCGAAACAGCUGGGACUCGCCGAUCUUCAGCAACGACGUCAUACGAAAGAGGCACUAUCGCAUCGGGCUCAACCUCUUCAACAAGAAGCCAGAGAAGGGCAUCCAGUACCUGACGGAGCGGGGCUUCAUCCCGGACACACCUGUGGGCGUGGCUCACUUCCUGCUGCAGAGGAAAGGCCUGAGCCGACAGAUGAUCGGAGAGUUUCUCGGCAACCGGCAGAAACAGUUCAACAGAGACGUCCUCGAUUGUGUGGUGGAUGAGAUGGAUUUCCAGGGCAUGGAGCUGGACGAGGCCCUCAGAAAGUUCCAGAACCACAUCCGAGUCCAGGGAGAAGCGCAAAAGGUGGAGCGGCUCAUCGAAGCCUUCAGUCAGCGGUACUGCAUCUGUAACCCGACUGUGGUGCGGCAGUUCAGAAACCCCGACACCAUCUUCAUCCUCGCCUUCGCCAUCAUCCUCCUCAACACCGACAUGUACAGCCCCAACGUCAAACCAGAGAGGAAGAUGAAGCUGGAGGACUUCAUCAAGAAUCUGAGAGGCGUGGACGACGGAGAGGACAUCCCCCGAGAGACGCUGGUGGGGAUUUACGAAAGGAUCCGGAAGAGAGAACUCAAGACCAACGAGGACCACGUGUCCCAGGUGCAGAAGGUCGAGAAACUCAUCGUGGGCAAGAAACCGAUCGGCUCCCUCCAUCAUGGCCUUGGAUGUGUGCUGUCUCUGCCUCAUCGGCGUCUGGUCUGUUACUGUCGUUUGUUUGAAGUGCCAGACCCCAACAAACUGCAGAAACUGGGCUUACAUCAGCGGGAGAUCUUCCUCUUCAACGACCUCUUAGUGGUGACAAAAAUCUUCCAGAAAAAGAAGAAUUCGGUGACGUACAGUUUCAGACAGUCCUUCUCUCUGUACGGGAUGCAGGUCAUGCUGUUUGAGAACCAGUAUUAUCCAAACGGGAUCCGGCUCACGUCAGCGAUACCUGGAGCAGACACCAAAGUCCUCAUCAACUUCAACGCACCAAACCCCCAGGACCGAAAGAAGUUCACCGACGAUCUGCGGGAAUCCAUCGCCGAGGUCCAGGAGAUGGAGAAGUACAGGAUAGAGUCCGAGUUGGAGAAGCAGAAAGGCGUGGUGAGGCCCAGCAUGUCCCAGAGCUCGGGGCUGAAGAAAGAAACCGGCAACGGCAACAUGAACCGAGCGAGCCUGGACGACACCUACGCCAUGGGGGAGGGGCUAAAGAGGAGCGCUCUGAGCAGCUCCCUCCGAGACCUGUCCGAAGCAGGCAAGCGGGGGCGUCGCAGCAGUGCAGGAUCACUAGACAGCAAUAUGGAAGGGUCCAUCAUUAGCAGCCCGCACACGCGACGGAGAGCGACGACCCCGCGCGAGGGCCCGCCGCGAGGCCCGCCCCCAGGCCCGCCCCCUCCGCCGAUGCACAACUCCACCUCCAUUCUCGGCUCCCUCUUCGGCAGCAAGCGGGGGAAGACGCCGUCCUCCUCGUCGCAGGGCCACCACCCCCCGCAGUCGUCGGUGCCCCCGCCCGGACACCCGACGCUCAUCUCCCACAAGCCCCACCCCACCAACCUGCACCACACGGCUCAAGUCCAGCACCACGGCCACCACCCGCAGUUCUGCCAAGUCCCCCAAAACCCUCCGCCGUACCACCACCACCACCACUACCACCCGCCGCCCCACACGCAGUUCCACCACCAGUCCCAGCACCCGGGCUACGGCUCCGCCCCGUCCUCCUCGGCGCACCCGCCCCCCCCGCACCCCCACUACAGGGAGCACUCGCAUCACAGCUCCCACUCGCACCACCACAACCAGCAGUCGAGUUCGAGCGCGCCCAAACCUAAACACAGUGGUAUCAGCACCGUAGUGUGAUGUUCUCAUUAGAAAUUAAAUAUUCUAAACGCAAAAAGACUCGGUUGGUCGGAUGAAGGAUUAGCUUACACACCAAAGGGACUGUUUGAUAGCAUGACUCUAUGGCCUGUGCACUGUGUUUUAGCGCUGCGGUGAUGCUAACGAAAAAUCACCCACGGUACAACUCGUAACACCUCCAACUUCUACAGUUUAUGCAGGACGGGACUCUCUUCUUCCACUCGGGGCCUUUUGGGUGUUGUGGCCACUCCACGUUGCUGCUGCUGCUGCUGCUGCUGCUUCCUGACCUGAAUAAGCUUCACAAAAAAAUGGAGGAACGCGACAAGAACUCAUCCAGUUUAUCUGUCACAUUGAUGGCAUAACUUCUAGCACUACUUUUCCGUAUGAAUGCUAUGUUCCGGUAGCCUCCUCAUCCUCCUCCGAUCUCCUCCUCGUCCUCCUCCCUGUCACAUGUAGUGGACUUCACAUUUCAAAGACAGAAAACGGACCAUCUCAGCCAUUGUAGUUUUAGUGGUGUACUGUAGGUGGCAGCGAUUAGUGUUGUCUUUCAUAAUUAAAUGUGCCAAUUAUUAAUGCAUCUUCUAUUUAGUCGAGACUUCAUGUACAGUAUAUUGUGCGUAAAAGUAAUUUGUAAGAUUAUCCUUACAAUAUUAUCAGCAAAAAUGAAUUUUUAUCAGUAUUAUGGGGGGGAAAAAGGAUGAAGGGUUUGAAAGGGCGAACUCGGUCUGGCUGAAAAUCUUUAGUGUCUUUUUAGUGUUUUCCGAUCUGCGUUAAAAUGGCGUUUCCUCGUCGCAAACAGACCUGGAGUUGUGGUUUUUUUUUUGUUUCGUUCGCACAUGUUAACGCACAAACCUUGCGUAUUUAAGCCGAGUUCUUCUCUAAAAACAGAAAACGCUCUGUUCCACCUUAUGAUGUCAUCAAGUGGUGAUACAGGAAGUGCUCCACUGUGUUUUUAAACUCCACACACCUUCACUAUAGAACCCUUUGGAUGAUUUCACACCUGGAAUUGCCUUUUUUUUUUACUGAACUAAAGGUAAAAAAGUAGCGGUUAACUUGAAAACUACCACUUGAUGACAUCACAAGGUGGAACAGAGCGUUUUGAACAAGUGUGAAUGCAACAAAACACAACUCCAGGUCUGUUUUUAAAGAGUUAAACACCAUUAUAACAUGGAUUAAAGCUCAUAAGAGUCAGUUUUGCGUAAUAUAGGACCUUUAAAAAUGUAUCACAGGGAUGCUCUCGAAUGCAGCUAUUUCAUCAGACGCUCACAACAGGAAAAAUGGUUCAAAAAUGUCAAAAACGUCGACAUAACUCACACACAGGCCUGUCACGAUGUCACUAUAGCAGCUUUUAAUUGAUUAUAUGGAAGCUGGGACAAUAUUUUUGGGGGUUUAUGUUAAUUGUGCGUACAUUUUCUUUGCACUAAUGGAAGUUUUUUGGGAAUAUGUCAAGAUUUAAGCUGCAAAACAUGGAAAAAAUCACUUCUAUGACUCAUUAAUAGUGGUGGGAAAAGUGCUAAAUUUUGUUACUGAAGUAGAUUUACAGAUACAGGAGUGAAAAAAUAACUCAAGUAAAAAGCAUGAAAAAAUCUACUUGGGUAAAAGUAUUAAAGUACCUGUUAAAAAUGCACUUAAAGAGUAAAAAGUAAACUAUUCCGCGCAGAUUUUGAGUCUUAUAAAGCUUCAAAUGUGGUGAUUUUGAUAAAGAUUUGAGCUGAGUUUUGUUCAACGGAAGCAAUUUAAUCGAUCGUUAAAGUAAAAAGUACCCACAGAUACCUCAAUUUUUUACUUGAGUACAGUACUUUACUACUUUUACUUCGUUACGUUCCACCUCUGCUCGUUAUAGACACAAACUAACGACUAAAGUGUGUCAUUCUGCUGUUGAUUUUGAACAAUAUUGCAGAUUUAGAAUAGUUUUUGUGGUUUAAAAUCUGCUCUUCGUUUUUAUGUCAGCGGCGUAAAUAAGUUUUUCGACAUUAUCGUUUAUCUUUUCUUCGAUAUUUCUCACUUCAGACCAUGUUCUCGUGACAGGCCUCCUCAGACAAGACACAAAGUUUAUUCCCGUUUAUUUAUUUGCACAAAAACGUCAAACGUCGUCCGGCCGUGUGAGUGGAACGGCUCUUUCCAGGCAUCCCAAACCCAAACUCGAAAAAACACUUUUGAAAUGUUGUUUUGCCUUGUUCUUUGACUCACCCAGAAGUUUGAGGUGAGCGCUUCAAAACUUAGGCCUUUGUUUAGUUUUGUAUUAAACGUGCAAUAUCUUUGUAAUGAUUUUGUACAUUAGGAACAAGCCCAUGUUUUUGUUAUUUAUUUAUGUUUGUUUCUUCCCGAGCCCCGUUAAGUUAACGUCUCGAGCGGAGUCCUCCACGUGUGUCGGCCCUUUUUGGCGUUGGAAGUUCGGUGGGAUAAUUUGUGAUUCUUUUGCAUGUACUGUUCUCGACACGAGGCUCAUUGUAAACAGAACCAGUGUUACCACGUUAGCAAGGUUAAGUGCAAUCAUGUUUCAAACGGAGACUCGGGCUGACGUCUGAGAGCGUCCAGGAAGAGAUUCAGGUAAAAUAAAAAACACAUUUAAAAAAACAGAUCUGCUUAGAUGUGGAAAGAGGAAUGUGUGUAUAUAUUUUAUUAUAGGAAUAUGCUUCUCCUUGAGCUGAACAGAAAUAUUUUGCUGGAUAAGCACAUAUGAAAGAAACACUUUCAUUUUUUAAGGGACUGCAGUUGUAAAAUAAAGUAAGUAUCCGGUCUAAUGUAAACAUGAACUUUCUACAGUCUACACAUAAGAGUCUAUUAUAGUGUAUAAACUAGUGACAGUAAGCGGUUCGUCCCAAUUUUCAGGUUGUAAAUGUAUUUGAACGUUUCAUUCUUGCCAUAAGUCAUAAGAGACAUAUCACAUAGGACUGUAUGAUCAGCUGAAUGUCUUUCCAAUUAUUUUUGCUAAACACACGACACAAAAACGAAGAAAAUCUGUUCGAUGUGUGUUCACGGAGUCAAUGUUUUCUGUCAUAAAUGUUUUGAAAUGACCCCCCAACAAUGCACUGCAUGGAUCUGAUCAGAGCAACGCAUCACUGUGAGCUGAUACGAGAAGAAAAUCAGCCUAUAUAUUUUCGUUUUUGUUUGAUUUUUGAUUUUUUUUUUCCAGAAAUUAACAAAAGUUGACAUGUCCUUGCUAUUCCAUGUUGGAGUGAUAUUUAUUGAUGCUCGGCAUGUGUUCGGUCGACAAAGCCAUGGUGUAAAUUCUAAACAUUAACGAACAUUGCACUUGUGUUUGCUGAGGGCUUCAUCUUGUAAAUAUGGGUUUGGAUUAAGAAGAAGAAGAAGAGUGUAAAAGGGACCAAUACAGAUAUGAAUUCAACUUAUAAAGGAGCUGUACAUAGUCUGUGUAUACAAUCCUCUAUUCUGACACGUGCAGAAGAUUCAAGGAGGACGACGCGUCACCUCAAGGAAGGAUCAAAAAGGGUGAAACAUAUCCACUUUGUCUUCGGCUCUCUCUCCCGGGACUCGUAUUUGCUGUAGAUGUAAAAGGGGGGGGGGAAAAAAGACUGUUAUAGAAAGUUGCCAUUUAUAUCCCAGCUCGGCUCACGCGUAUCAUUCCCGCUCGUUGCACAAACACACAAGGGACGCACAGAACGCUGCAGCGAGAUGUUCAGUGCGGCGUCGAAAACACGUUGCAGAGAGAGAGAAAGAGA